AUGAGAUUAACUAAUAUUUUUGUUGUUGUUCUCCUUUUGUGUGUCACAUUUGUGUACGGAAGUUCGGAAGCAAAUAGUUUACUAGAUGUAGACGUAGACGUUCAAGGACAUGAAAAUACAUCGGGACGCAAAGCUCGUCAAUUUGGUUUGGGUCGGAGUUUUGGUGGCCUUCUAGGUGGCUUUGGACGACCAGGAUUCGGUGGAGGAUUUGGCAGACCCGGAUUUGGCGGAGGUUUUGGAAGGCCAGGAUUUGGCGGUGGUUUUGGAGGACCUGGGUUUGGCGGAGUAGUACCUGGUUACGGUGGAUAUCCUGGCUACGGUGGAGGUGGUUUUGGAUAUCCUGGAUAUGGUGGUGGAUUCUUUGGCUAG